GUACAAGGAGUAGUGACGAGAUUUUGCAAUGGUUAUGGGAUGAUAGAUGACAUGAUAAUCUUCACAAAGGAUGCUGUUACAAAAAAUGUGCUGCUGACUAUUGGACAGGAAGUUACUGCCACUGUUGAAGAGGAUAAAACAUCAGGUGGCUUGAAGGCCAUCAAGGUAGACGCCAUCCAGAAUACAUGGGAAGACUCCAAUCCUACUUGUGAUGCUUCUGAACUAAAUAUGAAAAUAUUAAUAGGCAGUGUUACGUCUGUCUCUAAGGAUGGUGGCUAUAUUAAUCAGAAUACUUUUUUUGCAAUGGAAGACGUCUGUGAAGGUUUCAAACCUUGUGAAGGUGACUGGGUGCAAGCAAAAUAUUUUAUUAACCCGACAACAUGGAACAGUGAAGCAGUUGCUGUGAAGCCUUUGAGAUACAAGCAAGUAGACAAGGUUCGCAUUUCCAGCAUCUGUGGAAGAAGUGGUACAGUAGAUGACAGUAUAUUUUUCACUUUGGAUUCACUGAGACUUCCUGAUGGCUACUCACCUUGUAGACACGACCUCGUGAACACAAUUGUGGUGGAGAGCAAUCAGUCAUGUUAUAUUUGGAGAGCGCUCUGCUUGGUGCCAGUCAACGAAGAGUCUCGCUCUAAUGGAGCCAAUCUUGAUGAGCCUUCUGAAAACUUAAUGAGGGACAAAGGAGGGUUGGAAGUAUCAAGAAUGACUAAUUUUGGAACUUUGAAGCAGGGGGAAUCUAAAAGAAUGAUCAUUUGGAUAGAGAAUAGAGGGAGUGUACCACAGUCCUUAAUCAGCUGCAGAUUAGCUGGAUGGGUGAAAGACAAGCAAUUCAGUUUUCAGAUUCCUCAAAAAUGUGAGAACAGUCCAGAAGCGUAUCUGUCAUCUUUUCCAAUAAAUCAAGAAAACCUCUCAAAAGCUGCAAUUAAUUCGUGUAACAACAGUGGAGGAACAACAUAUGAGUCAUUGAAUAAUACCGCCUUUAUGAAGAAUGGAGUCAUUCCAGAAGGAAUUAAUUCUCGGGAUACAAAUUUAUCAAGGACAAAAGAAAACUUUUCCUUGGUGAAAGAUGAAAAUCUGCAUAAUGGAGAAAAUGAACAAGGAGAAGAUGUGGAACAACCAAUAAAGCGUGUCAAUAUCACUGGAGAAAUUGUCAUACCACCAGGUGGAAGGACAUUUGUAGUGGUCAUAUGCACAGCUGCAAAUCCUGGGUACAGUAAAGAACUCCUGUUGCUCGGUUUUUCUGACUUUACUGUUGGACGCUAUAUUGAAGCCACUGUAACAAAUGAUGAAGAAUUACUAAUAGCACCUGUGGAACCAUUUUCUCCAAGAAAGCCUAAAGUUAUUCCAGAACCUCAGCCAAGGAAAAUAACAGUGGUUGCCCCUAAGAACAGAAGAAAUCACAGAAAGCUCUUGCCAAGCUUUCUCCCGCACUAUACCAUACCAGAUGAGUUAAGAAAAUGUGUGGAACAGAAGUUAGACAUACUGAUGUUUCAGCCUCUCCUAGCAGAGCAUCUUAAUCUAGAUAAUUAUAAAGCAAACUUUUCUACUCUCUUGUGGCUUGAAGAGAUCCAUGCAGAAAUGGAGAUAAAAGACUUUAACAUGAGUGGGGUUACUUUGAAAAGGAGUGGGAACUUGUUAGUGUUGGAAGUGCCAGGAGUGGAAGAGGGCAGACCUCACCUGAUUGCAGGUGAUAAGGUGAUACUGAAAAGUCGGGUCUACUCUGAGCAUAUAAUAGAGUACGUUGCCUAUAUUACUGAGAUAUGUAAUGGGGAUGUUAUGCUGAAAUGUAAUGAAGACUUUGAACAGGCUUACAACUUGGAACCCAUGGAUGUGGAGUUUGUUCAUUGCAGGAUUACUAGCAGACGAUGUCACUUGGCAAUUGAGCAAGCUAUCUACCUGGGUGAAAAAGUUGGUCAAACUGUGACACUUAAACAGAGAGCUGGUGAAUUUUUCAAUCCUAUGCUGAAUGAGCAACAGAAACUGGCAGUGAAAAGGAUACUGAGUGGCGAAUGUCGUCCAACCCCUUAUGUACUCUUUGGACCACCAGGAACUGGAAAAACAGUAACAGUAAUUGAAGCUAUUUUACAGAUACAUUAUACUCUACCAGAUAGUCGAAUUUUGGUUUGUGCACCAUCAAAUGCUGCAACAGAUCUCAUUUGCUUGCGGUUGCAUCAAAGCAAGCUGUUAAAACCGGGAGCUAUGGUCCGAGUUAAUGCUACCUUCAGGUCAGAAGAGCAAAUUGAUGAUAUGGUGAAACCUUACUGCAGAGUUGGUGAUGAUAUUCGGAAAGCAUUGUGGUUCAGGAUAAUAAUUACCACAUGCAGCAGUGCAGGAAUGCUUUAUCAAACAGAAAUACGGCUCGGACACUUCACUCACAUGAUUCUGGACGAGGCAGGGCAAGCAAGUGAACCAGAGAGCCUGAUUCCUAUUGGGUUGGUCUCAGAAGCUAAUGGCCAGAUAGUUCUUGUUGGAGAUCCAAAGCAGUUAGGACCAGUAAUAAAAUCUAAAAUUGCACUGACUUUUGGGUUAAAUAUAUCCUUGCUGGAAAGACUGACAUCAAGAGAGAUAUAUCUGAGAGAUGAGGAUGCUUUUAGUGCCUGUGGAGCAUAUAAUCCUUUGUUGAUCACAAAACUUGUAAAGAACUACAGGUCACAUUCUGCAUUGCUUGCCUUGCCAUCUAAACUGUUUUAUCAUAAGGAGCUAGAAGUUUGUGCAGACGCUUCAGUAGUAACUUCUUUGUUGCAUUGGAGGAAAUUGCCCAGGAAGGGAUUUCCAUUAAUUUUUCAUGGAAUAAGGGGCAGCGAAACACGUGAAGGUCACAGUCCUUCAUGGUUUAAUCCAGCUGAAGCAGUUCAAGUAAUGCGGUACUGUUGCCACCUUGCUAAGAAUGAAAACACUGCAGUGUCAGUGACUGAUAUUGGAGUGAUUACACCAUACCGUAAACAGGUGGAAAAAAUUAGAUAUCUUCUGAGAAGUAUUGAUUUGGCAGACAUUAAAGUUGGCACAGUAGAAGAGUUUCAAGGACAGGAGUACAUGGUUAUCAUCUUAUCAACAGUGCGAUCUCACGAAGGAUUAUUUGGUGAUGACAAAUACUGUUUGGGCUUUCUCUCUAACCCAAAGAGAUUUAAUGUAGCAAUUACUAGAGCAAAAGCUUUGCUGAUCGUUGUGGGAAAUCCUCAUGUUCUUGUGAAAGAUCCCUGUUUUUGUGCACUGUUAGAAUACAGUUUAAUGAAUAGAGUUUAUGUCGGUUGUGACCUGCCUCCGGAGCUGGAAUGCCUGCAGAAGUGA